CGUUCAGAGCAACCAGUCCAGAAAUCAAAGGAUAAUAACUAACCAACCAGGAUUUUACCCUUAAUAACAACCAGUUAAAACCGAAAAACACACAAUGGAUCUUAAGCAAUUGUACUCGUGGAUCUGCCUGCUGAUCAGCAUCAUCAUCUGCAAGGUGUCCGAGGCCAAGCCCACCUACUAUGACCUGGAUAGCUACGAGGCCUACGACACCGAUCGCUACGACACGGACAGUGGCUCCUCUUACGCCCUGACCUACGGGAAACCGCUGACGGAUAACCGCCUCAAGAAGCUGAAUCCGGGCUACUACUACGUGGACGAUGGGUAUAUUGCCCCGGUGGCUGCCAGUUCUGGCUACACCCGCCGCCGCGAAGAUGCCAACUCCGAGAGCGGCGCCCUGCCCCACAACGUCAGGUUCACACCCAUUGUGCGCGUCCGGCAGACGAAGACCAAGCGCAAGAAGCUCUUCGUGCCCAACUUCUUCGGCUAGAGAGGAGCGGCUCCUUCCGGCUAAACUGCCGGGAUUGAGAGUACAGACUGAGGAUGAUUAGAGUAGGCUUAGCUGUAGUGUUAGUCGCGUGGCUCCCACACCAAAAAGUACCUUAUACCUAUAUACUGUUACCUAUUUUAUAUACGCGGCCAAAGCGAUGACCAAAUUAUA